AUGACUCCAAUCCAAUCGCCUCCUUAUCGGAAAAGGAAGUUCGGAAUCAUUCCCAAUGACUAUAUCGAGUUAGGAGCACGAAGAACUGAUGUUGAAGAUUGUGGUGAUGAGGAGGAGGACGCGGCUGCCCAUGAUGAUGAGGUGCAGUCAUCCCCACCACUUCCCAGCUCAGAGGAUGAAGCUCUGUCGUCUUUCAUAACCGUUAUUCCCGACGCAUUGCUCGAUUUUCUUACUGUGAAUGAGGUACAUGAGAACACGACGCAAGAACCCCUACCGAAGCGGCUCAAAUCAAAGAUAGGACCUGAAUUGGAACAAUCAAAUGAUCAUCGUUCGGACGACUAUAUCGUCGUUAAGCAAUCUUCGUUGGAAAUCAGAUGUGCUGAAUCAAAGUUGUUCUCGAAUGGCACCAUCUUGAGUAAGCAGAAAGCCCGGUUCAACUGUCACUGGAGUCUACAAAGUGAGAAACCCGAGCCGUCUCAUAUCACAAUACAAGAUGACAACGGCAACCCUUUGCUUACCGUACCAUUAUCGCUCGAGUAUGCAUUGAUGAGCAUUCUGAAUCCCUUUGAUGACGUCCUCAUCUGUCUAUUGGUUGAUCGAGACUCUAAAAAAUAUGCCCGACAAUCAAGUAAGUUGUGGACAGAGGUUGGGAUAAGUCUGCAAAGAAGAGACGAUUCGGAUUACAUACAAAUCAUUUUCACUAUCAAAUGGGACGUUACAGUUCACCCCGAGUCAAUUCAACCCAAGAAGACAGAUGCCUUAUUAAAGGUAUUGAGCGCUUAUUUUCCUGAUCCAAAUGGCACGAAUUUAGAUUCACUCUCUGCCCAGGAUUUCUAUCAAUCUGCAUAUUCUCCAGAUCCAAAUGAUGAAUUAGCGGCCUCGAUUGAAACCCCCGAAUUGCAAGCAACCCUCUACCCAUUCCAAAAGCGGGCAGUUCAAUGGCUGCUUCGUAGAGAAGGUUAUGAGUGGUCCCGCGAGACCAGAAGUGUUCAGGGAUCGCAGUUCAAAGCAACAUGCCAAUUGCCACUCUCAUUUAUCGCAGCAACAGACGCACAAGGGCGCUCUUGUUAUGUCAGUCACUUGUUUGGGAUAGUUACCUUCGAUCUUGCUCCUUUCCUUGCAAUAGAACGAGAGAUCAAAGGCGGUAUUCUUGCAGAGGAGAUGGGCCUGGGUAAGACUAUAGAAACGAUUGCUCUAUUAACACUUCACACCCGUCCUAAUCAAGGUCCGUCGAUCUUCGAUCCCUUUACCGGGGAGAAUCUACAGACAACAAAUGCUACACUAAUAAUAUCGCCACCGUCUAUUUCAAGACAGUGGAUCGGCGAGAUCAAAACCCAUGCUCCCCAUCUAAAGGUUACGUAUUACGAAGGUAUCAAGAGCCGGAACGUGCACUACGCAACAAUAAUGGAAGAGUUUGCCACCUCAAAUGUAGUCGUUACCACAUACGCCGUACUUUCAUCGGAGAUCAAUUUUACCAGUCUGAACCCCGGGAGAACGUUGCGCAGGGAGUCGAAGUACCAAAGGACUAAAUCGCCUUUGAUGCAAUUUUCCUGGUGGCGAGUAUGCCUUGACGAAGCACAAAUGGUUGAGAGUGGUGUAGGUAAAGCUGCGACUGUCGCAAGAAUGAUACCUCGAAUCAACGCUUGGGCGAUCACAGGCACUCCAGUUACAAAGAACAUUGAUGACUUGCUAGGGUUACUCAUUUUCCUAAGAUAUGAGCCCUUAAUAACGGUAUGGCGAUCGCUUCUGUCCUCGCCAUAUUUUCGAGGACUAUUCAACAGUAUAAGCCUUUCAAACCGGAAGAAGGAUGUAAGGGGAGAACUGGACCUACCCCAACAACACCGCUUCGUAAUUACCUUGCCUUUCACUCCAAUUGAGGAACAAUAUUACCAGGAAUUGUUUGGCCAAAUGUGUGAAGAAUCGGGAUUGAGCACUGAGGGUGCACCUCUGACGGACGACUGGGACCCAGAGGGUUAUACCGAAGUAAUGAGACGCUGGCUCGUACGUUUAAGACAAAUAGCAUUGCACCCGGAAGUUGGAGGGCGCAAUAAACUAACUUUCAGGCGAAACAAAGAGGGAGAUGAGCCAGUUACCCAAACCGCAAUCAAGGUUCUCGAACACAUGUUCUCACAAACAGAUGUUGCCAUCAGAACAAAUCAUCGAUUACUUCUUAUGUCCCAGUUGAAAAGGGGGCAAUUGUAUGAAGACUCACCUCGGGUUCAAGAAGCCCUCAACAUCUGGGAAGCAGUAAUUAUAGAGUCCUCUAUCGCUGUGAAUGAAGCUCGGGAUGAAUUAUCAAGUGAAAUAUUAUCGGAAAAAGCGAAGCUGGCCUCCCAUGCAGAGGAAAUUUCAGAUUCGGCAAUAGCGAAAGCUGAUCAGACGAUUGCUACAAGCCAAAACCAAGGGUCGGGAAGACACAGUGACCAUGGCAUCGACGGACAAGAUGGAUCGGACCCUGCCUCUCGCGUAGGACUCGUUCGAGCACGGUUAAGGGCCGCUUUGGAACUUCACCAUAUGGCGUUAUUCUUUCGAGCGAAUGCCCACUUCCAGAUUAAGACUAACGAGGAAAUGACAAAGCCUGAUUCUCCCGAGUUUGAAGAUCUUGAUAGAAUCGAGAGAGAUGGCUAUGAAGCAGCCAAGAAAUUACGACGCGAGAUAUUGCAGGAGAUGUUUAACAGAGUAAACACUAUGAUGUCCACAAUCAAAAGAAACGCAGAAUCUGGGACAGUUAUUCGAUUGCUUAAAUUCACACCCAAUACUCUUCAGGGGGGGGCCGAAAGCCGCCGUAUUAUGGAAAACCUUGAAAAUCUUGGAAUCAAUCUGGAUAAUCAAGCCCAUCAGAUUCAUGAAUGGAGAGACCAUCUCACUCGGAUUUUGUUGAGUUCCUUGGUUGAUAACGACGAUGAUGGAAUUGAAAUCAAUGGAGACGAAUACGAGGAUUCUACAAAAGUACAAGAAGAAGCGGUGGUAUAUGUACAAGCAUUGCGGACAAUGAUUGCCGACAGACAUGCAUCGUUGACUGGAGUGCGUAAUUUUCUAACCGACCAAGAAGCGAUAACCGCUGUACGGGAGGCAAAACUGGGCAAAGGCCCUUCUCCGGAACGACUAAUUGCGCUCUUCGAUGAAAGGAACCAGUUCAUUUAUGAGGGCAAUACUGUAAGGGGUGCUUUGUCGGAACUCCGAACCCUCAUGUCCAAUCUCAGGAAAGAUCGUGCACGAAAUGAAACAUUGAUUGUCGAAGCCCAACUCAAGAUGACUCACAAGUAUCUCACGGAUCAGACGAAGGCCGCUACGGGGCUAGAGAAGGAAGUAGAGCUUUUCACAAAGUGUAUGAACCUUCGGGUUGAGUACUAUAAACAACUACAGGCAAUUUCAAAUCAGGUGGCUCCGUAUACAGGUCCCAACAAUGAGCUAGUCGUUGAGAAGAUGCUACAAACCGAGCAGGCACUUAUCCAGAGCCUCGCGGUGAUGAGAUCCAAGAAAAGAUAUUUGAUUCAUCUAAAGGAAGAGGCCAAAACGCCUAAAUAUCAGCGAGUGUGCAUCAUUUGCAGAGAUGAAUUCGAUCUUGGAGUUUUGACCGUCUGCGGGCAUCAAUUCUGUUCCGAUUGUAUCAAAGAAUGGUGGAGAUCACAUCAUAAAUGUCCUGUCUGUAAAAGGGCACUAAUCCAUGCAGACCUUCACAAUAUCACCUACAAACCACAAGAACCAACACUGACCGUCGAAGCCCAGGGGGUUAGGGAACCACUCAAGGAACGCUCACCUAACUCUAAUUCCCCUCGGAAAUCUGCAAUUUAUUCAGAUGUCAGCAAAGCUACUCUCGCCGCCAUCAAGAACGUCGAACUGCCAGGCAAUAACUCAUUUGGCACCAAAGUUGAUACCCUUGCUCGUCACAUUCUUUACCUCAGGGAAUCAGAUCCUGGCUCGAAGUCAAUCGUCUAUUCUCAAUUCGCGGAUUUUUUAUUGGUUUUGUCUCGCGCCUUUGCUGUAUUUCGCAUCGGCCAUUCAUCCAUCGGUAAUUCUAAUGGAAUCGAGAAAUUCAAAAAUGAUGCUGGCACAGAAGUUUUCCUGUUACAUUCUCGGGCGCACAGUGCGGGAUUGACUCUUGUCAACGCUAGUCACGUAUUCCUCUGCGAACCUUUAUUAAACACAGGACUCGAACUGCAAGCUAUCGCUAGAGUUGAUAGAAUCGGCCAAACAGUCGCAACCAAUGUUUGGCUGUAUUUAAUUCGUGGAACGAUUGAAGAGUCAAUCCAUGAGUUAUCUGUCAAGAGACGCUUAGAGCAUCUGGGACAGGCAGUCGGAUCAAAAAAGGGAAAGGGGAGCGCACUUUCGGAUGAAGAGUUGGUAGCAAAUGGUCUGGAAGAGGCUAAUAGUCUAGAGUUGCAGAAAACAAUACUGGCGAAGCUCUUAGCUAAAGGUCAGGGCGGUGAAGUCGUUUCCGAAAACGAUCUUUGGGCUUGUUUGUUUGGUGGAAGAACGAAACGUGGGACGGUAGAUCUUAAUAACGGUAAUGCGAAGGAAGAAUCGGUCGACACAGUGAACCUUUAA